AUGUCUGCCGCACCAAAGUUUUUCAAGGUCACCCAGCUCAGAUCGACCAUCGGGCUGCCAAAGCUAUACAAGGAGACCCUUCAAUCGCUUGGGCUACGGAGAAGAAAUCAGACUGUGUACCAUAAGAUCUCGCCACAGCAGGCGGGUCAGAUUGCACGCGUGAAGGAGCUUGUCAAGGUCGAGCUCUCGCCUGUGUACAAGGACAAGGUGCAAAUGAGGGAGGAGAGGAAGUCAGAACCUGGUUUUGUUGUUGUCGGGAAGAGACAGCACUAG